UUACUCGGACACCUAUCUUGCUCCUUGCCGCCGGCUUGCCAGAAAAGGUAGCUAGCAGCCUCCCAUGGAGAAGACCGUGGUUCUCUACCCCGGCCUGCCCGUCAGCCACUUCAGACCCAUGAUGCAGCUCGCCGAUGCCAUCCUGGAGGCGGGCUACACCGUCGUGGUCGCGGUCAUCGACGCCACCAAGGAACAGAACCCCGACAUGGCCGCCGCGGUCGGCAGCAUCAUCGCAUCCUCCAAUCCGGCGGUCACCUUCCACACGCUCCCUCGGAUACCCGACCCUCCCACCAUCACCAACGACGUGAACCUGUUCCUCGGCUACUUCGAGCUGAUUAGGCGCUACAACAAGCCCUUCGACGAGCUCCUCCGCACCAUGCCUCCACGGAGCAUCCACGCGGUGAUCGUGGACUCGGUGUCCAACGCCGCACUCGACGUCACCAGGGAGCUCGGGAUCCCUGCCUACAUCUUCUUCACCACAAACGCCUCCGUCCUCGCCGUGUACCUCCAGGUCCCGUCGAUCCGUGCGGAGGGCGAGCCGAGCUUCAAGGAGCUAGAAGACGACACCCUCAGCUUCCAUGGCGCCCCACCCAUGCCGGCUUCUCACCUCCUCGAGCAACUGCUCGAGGACCCCGACAGCGAGAUAUACAAAGAGAUGGUAAGCUCGCUAAGCAACAACAUGGAGGCCGACGGCAUACUGGUGAAUACGCUCGCGUCGCUAGAGGCUCGGGCACUGGGAGCUCUCACGGAUCCGCAGUUCCUCCCAGCUGGAACCGGAAGUGAGCACACGAUGCCUCCGGUGUACUGCGUCGGGCCACUUGUCCAGGGGGCAGCUGGCACAGAAGGGAAGCACGAGUGCCUCACGUGGCUCGACGAGCAACCAGAGCGUAGCGUCGUGUUCCUCUGCUUUGGGAGCAUAGGGAUGGGCAACCACUCGGAGGCGCAGCUCAAGGAGAUCGCCGUCGGCCUCGAGAGGUCCGGCCACCGGUUCCUGUGGGUGGUGCGAGCCCCUCUGGGCGACAACCCGGAGAAGGCGUUCGGCAGGGACGCCAACCCGGACCUCCACGGGCUCCUGCCCGAUGGCUUCUUGGAGAGGACCAGCGGCCGUGGCAUCGUCGUCAAGAUCUGGGCGCCGCAGGUGGACGUGCUCCAUCACAGGGCGACGGGCGCGUUCGUGACGCACUGCGGGUGGAACUCGGUGCUGGAGGGGAUCACUGCGGGCGUGCCGAUGCUCUGCUGGCCUCAGUAUGCGGAGCAGAAGAUGAACAAGGUGUUCAUGGUAGAGGAGUACGGGGUUGGCGUGGAGAUGGUGGGGUGGCAGCAGGGCCUGGUCACGGCGGAGGAGGUAGAGGCCAAGGUAAGGCUUGUGAUGGAGUCCGAGAAAGGGGAGCAGCUCAGGGCACAGGUGAUGGCACACAAAGAGGCUGCAGACAUGGCGUGGAAGGAUGGUGGAUCGUCUCGCGCGGCGUUUGGCAAGUUCUUGGUGGACGUUCACGCUGGCCUGGGGCUAGCACGCCGCUGAAUUACUAGUAACAUGAUUAUGACGUUCUUACGCGCGUUACAUUAUUAUAUUACACUCCUACUCUCUUUGAAUGGAGGGAAUAAGCUAUGCAGUCCUUGAGGUUUUCUUCAUGCGUCAUGUACCUUGUUAGUUGUUUGUACAUCUUUUUCUUAAGCCCACAUCUUUUGGUAUUGCGACAAUGUAAUAAUGUUGAUUGUGUUGUGUUGUUCGUAUAAUUUGGACAAGAUAUGCUUUAAAACAAGUUUGUUCCGCGUGCACCAUGCAUGCAUACA